AUGUCGCAAAAACAUGUCAUGUUACGUCAAGUGUGGAAGAAUAACUUAAAAUCUGAGUUCUCGCUCAUACGGAGCUCUUUGCCCUAUUUCUGUGUCGUUUCGCUAGACACGGAAUAUCCCGGAUCAGUUUACAAGUCCUCCAUCAAAAAAGAACUUCUGUCGCAAGCCUCGCCUCAAGACAUCUAUUCUGUUAUGAAAAAGAACGUCGAUGAACUAAAAAUUCUCCAGUUCGGAUUAACUCUUAGUGAUUCUAAUGGAGUUCUACCAAGUUUUGGUACAGAAUUUUACUAUAUGUGGCAAUUCAACUUUAGCGAUUUUGAUCUUGAGCGUGACUUAAAAAAUGAGGAAUCUAUUAAGUUCCUUGAGAAACAAGGAAUGGAUUUUAAGAGGCUUAGAGAAGAGGGCAUUGAUUCUUCUGAAUUCAUUAGGUUAUUGGUAAGUUCCGGGUUGAUUAUGAAUAGAUAUUCGAACCUCGUUUGGAUCACUUUUCAUGGCUGUUAUGAUCUAGGGUUUUUGAUCAAACUUUUGAGUAAGAAAAAGUUGCCCGAUAACAUAGGGUCCUUUUUUGGGUUAGUAAGAUAUUACCUGGGAUUUAGGGUCUAUGAUUUGAAAUACAUGAGCCGUUUCAAUGGAUUGUAUGGUGGAUUAGAAAAUAUUACAAAUUUACUGAAUGUUGGUCGAGUUGUUGGGGAGAGCCAUCAAGCGGGAUCUGAUAGCUUAUUAACUCUACAGUGUUUCAUGAGAUUGAAGGACGUAUAUGCCAUCGGAUUCAAUAGCUAUUAUUAUACCGGCUACGUCAGAAGGUACUGUAACGGCUACGAAGGAUUAAUGUACGGACUCUGUAAGCAAAUCGGUACGCGCAACCCUCCGUCCAGUUGA